AUGCUAUCAUCCUCAAAACUAUUUAAUAGCUAAUCUCAAUUAGAAUGUAAUAUUCAUUUUCAUUUUUUACUUAGAAUGCUUACUUGAUAUUUCAACAAAGAUUUUACAUGACUCUGCUAUUGAAUCAAAUAAGGAUUCUAAAAGCAUAGUAUUUAGUAGAAUUAAAGAAAUUACUCUUGAAGCUUUCUCCAAAUAGUUUACAGAUGAAAUUCAUCGUUUAUAAGCAGAAUUAAGAUCAGAAUAAGCAUUAAACGAUUAGAUUAAAAGAGAGUUUUUAGAAAGAGAGGAAACUAUAAUCUAAGAAUUUGAUUCUAAACAAAGAGAAUUUUAAUUAUAACAAAUUAGAGAAGUUUAAGAAUUACAGGAUUUGUUAGAAGCUUCAGAAACAUAACUUCAAGUAAAUUUAAAUUUCAAAAUUAGAAAUAUUAACAAUAAAAUGAUAAGUUCAAUAAGCAACUCAAGGAAUUACAAUCUAAAGAAUAAUAAUUAUUAAAAGAGAAUUUAAUUGCUCAAGAAAAUUUGUUAUCAUGUGAUUAACGAUAAAAACUAUUAAAUUCUGAUCUAAAUGAUAUGAGAUCAAGAAAUGAAUCUCUGAACUAAUUAAAUUAAUAAUUAGAUAGAUAAUGUAGAGACUUUAAAAAUGAAUGCGAACAUGCAUUAAAAGAACUAACUGAUAUUAAAAAGAUAUCAUAAUAGUAAAUUGAACUCAAUAUCUAAUUGGAAUAAGAUAUAGGUUAAUAUAAAAAUGAAAUUGAAAAACUUAAAACUAAAAAAAAUCAAGAAUUAUCUAAGUAAAAAGAGCUACUUGAUUAGUUGAAAGAUAAAAGUAAUCUAAAAAUUAAUGAAUUAAAAAAUAAGUUAAAAGAGGCUUAAAACAUUUAAUAAUAUCAGUAAGAAUAGUUAGAUGAAUUUUAAGAAUUAAUUAAAGAAUCUGAAAAUCAAUUAAAUUAGUAACAAAUUAAUCAUAAAUAACAUCUUAAAUCAAUUGAAUAAUAAUAUAAUCAAUAAUUCUAAGACUUAGAAUAAUAGUUUAUAGUUGAAAAAUUAAACUUAGAAGAAAAUUUAACGACAUCUUUUGAAUAGGUUAUUAUAGAUAAAGAUGAACAAAUACAAGAUUUAAUUAGAGAAUCUAAAAUUUUAAAAGAUAAACUUUGUCAAUAAAAUUAAGAAUUUGAAAAAAUGUAAAGGUAAUAGUAGAAUCUUGAAAUGGAAAUCAAAUAAUUAAAUGAAGAAUUAGAUUAGAUGAAUUAAUAUUAAGAAGAAUCAGAAAAUAAGUAUAGAAAUCUAGAAUUAGAAAUUACAAAAAAAGAUUAAAAACUUAAAGUUUUAUUGGCAGAAUUAGAUGAUAUUAAAAUAUUUUAAGAAUAAACCUUAAACACAAUAAGGGAAAACUAAGACUAUAUAAGCGAAAUUGAAAAGGAGAAUUAAUAAUAUUAAUAAUUUUUACAACAUAUUUAAAAUCUCUUAGAUAUUAAAAUUUAAGGUUCAUUUUCAUUCUAAAGAUUAGGAUCAGAUAUAGAAUAAAAAUUGAAAUAACAUAGAGAUGAUAUUAAAAGAUGUUUGGAAGAAAUAAAAAAGAAAGAUGAAUAGCAUAAUUAUGAAUUGUAAGAAAAAGAUUAAAAAUUAAUGCUAUUGUAAGAUAAUUUCAAUGAAGAAAAUAACAAGAUUUAGUAUUAAUUCUAAGAAUAGUUAUCUGAGAACAGAAAAUAAAGAAAUGAAUUUAAAUAGAAAAUUGAAGAAUAGAAUAAAAUAAUCAUAGAAUUAUAAAAAGAAAAAAUAGAAAGUAAUAAUUAAAUAGAGUUUUUAUAAAUUUAAAAUUAAUAAAUUAUAUAAGAUUUAGAGUCAAAUAGCGAUUAAUUAGAAUAUGCAAAAUAAGAAAUCUAAGAAUUAAUAUAGAAAGAAAAAAUUUAAAAUGAUGAAAUAGUUAAAUAGAUUAGUAUUUUGAAUAAUGAAAAAAACAAAUAAAAAGUUUAACUUGAGGAAUAUAAAUUUAAAUAUAAUACUUUUUAGUAGAGAGUUACGAGAGUUUUGAGUAGAUAAAAAGAAUUAACAACCAUAUAGCUUAAAGAAUUAAGGAAUUUCGUCUUAAAUAAGCUAAAGUAAUUAGAAAAUGAUUGUAAAUAAAUUUUACAAAAUUUGUAUAAAAAAUAACUGAUUAUUUCAGAAAAUAGAGCAUAAAUGAUAGAAAAUAAAAAAUAAUAUGAAAUAGAAUAAAUGAAUAUGGAAAUGGAGAAAAAAUUGGAUAAUUUAAAGAAGUAAUUUAAGUAAUCAGAAUAAUUAAUUUAUGAAGAAGGCUAAAUAAAAUUAAAAUAGAAACAAUAGUAAAUAGAAUAAUUAAUUAUUUCAAAAGCUAAUGAUAAUGAAUUUAAGACUAAAUUAUCAAUCUUAAAUAAAGAAAAUGAAGAAUUUCAAAAAUAAUUAUAAUUACAAGAAUAAUUAUACAUAGAAUAGAAAUAAAAUUAUGAAUUAGAAUUGAUGAACUUAAAUAAAUUAAUAAAAGAAUAACAAGAUGAAUUGUAUUAAAUUUUUAUAACUUAGAAUGUCUUAAUAGUAAUUUUCUGAUUAUACAAUGAAUAAAGAGAGAUAAUAUUUUGAGUAAAGAUAUUAAGAAUUAAAAUUAAGAUAAGAGAAAAAGGUAGAUUAAAUUUAAUAAGAUCAUUAAUUAUAAAUAAAUCAACUUGAAAGUAUAAUUUAAUAGCCAAUGAAAAUGAAAUCUUAAUCUCCAAAUAAGAAUAUUCAAAAAUCUCCUAUUUAAAAAAGAUAACCUACAUAAUUAAGUAAUCAUUAAUAAUAUUAUCGAGCCAAUAAAUCAUAAAGUUUUGGAAGCCCAAAUUUAAAUCUAAAUUUAGGAAUAAAAACACCUAAAAAAGCAUUAAUUUAAAUUGAAAAUACAGACAAAACUAUAGAAGAAUUGAGAUUAGAGAUUUAGCAAUAAAAAGAAAAGCUAAGUCGAAUGAAAUUAACAUUUACAGAGAGUCAAAAAAAGCCAUUAAAAAGAAAUUGA